AUGAACAACUUCCACGUCUACGAGGCCAUUGGCCGCGGCAAGCACUCGAUGGUGUACAAGGGGCGGAAGAAGAAAGCCAUCGAGUACUUCGCCGUCAAGAGCGUCGACAAGUCGCAGCGCUCCAAGCUCCUCAACGAGGUCCGGAUGCUUCAUUCUUUAGAUCAUGCAAAUGUCCUGAAAUUUUACUCUUGGUACGAAACUUCAGCACAUUUUUGGCUAGUAUUGGAAUAUUGUGUUGGUGGAGACCUCAAGGGCUUGCUCGAGCAGGAUAAAAAGCUGCCUGAAAGUGCCAUGCACGACCUGGCUUAUGAUCUUGUCAAAGCCCUCCUGUUCUUGCAUUCACAAGGAAUUAUAUAUUGUGAUCUGAAGCCAUCUAACAUUCUAAUUGAUGAGUUUGGAUGCAUGAAGCUGUGUGAUUUUGGAUUAGCAAGACGUUUAAAGGACAUUGAGAAGACCGAUCCUGGAGUUGUGCCACAACCUAUGAGGGGGACACCAUGUUACAUGGCUCCUGAGUUGUUCCAAGAGGGAGGGGUCCACUCAUAUGCUUCUGAUUUCUGGGCUCUUGGUUGUGUGCUUUACGAAUGCUAUGCAGGAAGACCUCCUUUUGUGGGCUGUGAAUUUACCCAGUUAGUCAAAUCCAUACUUUCAGAGCCUGCACCACCUUUACCUGAUAACACACCAAGGUCUUUCCAGAAUCUGAUCAACUGCUUACUCAUGAAAGACCCAGCUGAAAGACUACAGUGGACUGAAUUAUGUUCACACAACUUUUGGAGGAACAGUAUGCCGAUGAUUCCUUUACCUCCUCAGCCUGCCUUUGAUAACAUGGUUGGACCUCCCACUACGCCAUAUUUAGCUGAGCGAAAUGGGGAUAAACCCCCGAGACAGCUGACGCCACCCAAGACUUGUGAACACCUACGCAAGAAAGAUGAAAAUUCCGCCAAGGCGUUCACGACUCCUGUUAAGAAUGUGCAAACUGGUAAGAAAAAUAAUCCAAAACCUUGUAAGGCUGAUGGUUUGAAGGGUGUAAAUGUCCUUAGAAUGUCUCGCAUAGCUAAGAGAAAUUUGCAAAGGGAAAAGGCCAAGGGGAACUACAGGCGCCCUCCCACAGAAACAGACGAAAAUGAGGCUGAAGUUAAGAUCGAAAAUAAUGACAUGGAGCUUGAUUUUGGUGAAAAUCCAGAAGGCGAUGCACCUGAUGAUAAUGAUGGAUCAGAUAAUGCUGGAUCCACAGCAGAUGAAAAACAUAGGACUCAAGGAACUGAUGGAAAUGAAGAGAACUGCGUAAAUCAGGUGGACAUGCUCAUGGAUGAGUGUUCUGUUAAGCCUGAUACCGUGUUGAAAGCUGAGCAGACUUGUUCAGAGAAUCUUGAUGUGGUGGCCACUCCACCUAGUUUCUGUAUGAGGAAAGCACGUCCAAAGACAACUUCUGGUGCUGCAACAGGUUCUGAGCCGUCUAACAUCUUUGAAGCAUUCUGGCAUCCAACAGACCUUGCAGUUAAACCAGUCAUGCCCAGUAAAAAAGGAGAUAAAGCUACAGAGACCAUCUCUGUGCUUCCUUUUGAAGCUCUUACUGCUGCUGAUUAUAUCAAGUUACCACGAGAACAGGUGAAUGCAUUCAAUAGCCAGAUAAUUCAGAGUUUGAGUGGAUCUUUUCAGGUUUCAGAAAAACAGAAUAUCAUCAGAUACCUGGAGUUGUUAAGCAUGAACUCUGAUGCUGCAAAUAUAAUCACUAAUGGCCCAAUUAUGUUGCUGCUUAUAAGAAUGCUCCGACUAUCGAAAACUUCAGUCUUGCGUGUCCAGGUUGCUUCACUUAUGGGACUGCUGGUACGCUACUCCACUAUCCUUGAUGCAGAGCUAGCUAGUUCAGGAAUUAUUAAUGCUUUGUCAGAUGGCUUAAGGGACCGGCACAAUAAACUGAGGAGAUUCUGUAUGGCAACACUUGGAGAAUUACUGUUCUACAUAUCAACACAAUUUGAUCAGGAUAGCAAGGAAAGCAAUGCCGAAGAAUCUCCUAUGAAGGACAACAAAUCUGGUGCUUUGUGGCAGGUUAGAAACUCCAAAUGA